UUGGUAGCAUCUACAAACAGUAACAAAAAGUUGGCUGUGGCUCAUUCCCUUCCCCACCCAUACUUUCCCUUCUUUGCCUGGAAAAAUGUCUUUCUUAUGUGUCCUUUCCUCGUCUUACCAGUUGUUCUUAACUAAUCCUCUAAUGGGCUUCCUUCGUGUUCCCAUUCAUCACUGAUCUCUCUCUCUCUCUGUUCAAUUUUUUUUUGUUUAUUUGAGGAGUCCCCUGGUUCUUCGUUUUUGUUCGGUUGAGCUUCUUAAAGACCUUUGCUUUCACUUUCCAUCCUAUAGCUUGGUCACAAACCUCCUUUUUAGCUUCUUCAAACUUCUUCAUAAGAAAAAAACGCCUUUGCUAGCCUUUUCACUUUGGCCUUACGACCUCUGAGCAAACUGGGUCUUGCUAGUAAUCUUCUCAAAGGUGUGAUUCACUGUGAAUUAUAGUUCAACCGUGUUCAAAUUCGUUUCUUCUGGGUCCAAUGCCUCCAACAUACUUUCCUCUUCGAUGGGAGAGUACUGGAGAUCAAUGGUGGUACGCAUCUCCAAUUGAUUGGGCAGCUGCAAAUGGCCAUUAUGAUCUGGUCAGAGAGCUUCUUCACCUUGACACCAAUCUCCUCAUCAAACUCACCUCCCUUCGUCGAAUUCGCCGCCUCGAAACCGUGUGGGACGACGAAGAUCAGUUUGAUGAUGUUGCCAAAUGUCGUUCCCAAGUUGCCCGAAAACUCCUCCUUGAAUGUGAAACCAAGAAAGGCCACAACUCUCUCAUUAGAGCUGGCUAUGGUGGUUGGCUUCUAUACUCUGCUGCCUCUGCUGGGGAUGUUGAGUUUGUUCAAGAAUUGCUAGAGAAAGACCCAUUUCUAGUGUUUGGAGAGGGAGAGUUUGGUGUUACUGACAUAUUUUAUGCUGCCUCCAGGAGCAAGAAUUCUGAGGUUUUUAGGCUCUUGCUCGAUUUCUCAGUCUCACCGAGGUGUUUUGGAGAUGGUGGAGGGGUGGUAGAGGGGCAGCCGGAGGAAAUGCCUUCUGUUUUCCGGUGGGAGAUGAUGAAUAGGGCGGUUCAUGCCGCUUCUAGAGGAGGGAAUGUGGAGAUUUUGAGAGAACUUCUUGGGGAUUGCUCUGAUGUUUUGGCUUAUAGAGAUGCUCAGGGAUCUACUGUGCUGCAUACAGCCUCUGGUAGAGGGCAGGUUGAGGUAGUUAAGUUUCUACUUGCAUCCUAUGAUGUCAUAACAUCCAAAGAUAAUCAGGGGAACACGGCAUUACAUGUUGCUGCUUACAAGGGUUACUUAGCUGUGGUAGAGGUUCUAAUAUCCGCAUCUCCCUCAUCCACCUCCUUAACAAACAACUAUGGAGACACUUUUCUUCAUAUGGCAGUGGCUGGUUUCCGAACUCCCGGUUUCCACAGAUUGGACCGACAAAUGGAGCUCAUGAAGCAGUUGGUGUGUGGAAAGUUUUUGAAUAUACUAGAGCUCAUAAAUAUCAGGAAUAGUGAUGGAAGAACUGUUCUUCAUAUGGCUGUAAUUGGGAACGUUCACUCUGAUCUGGUGGAACUCUUUAUGACUGUUCCUUGCAUUAGUUUAAACAUUCGUGACGCUGAUUGCAUGACUCCCCUUGAUCUCCUCAAGCAAUGGCCACGAUCAGCAUCUUCUGAAAUUUUAAUCAAGCGGCUUAUUUCUGCUGGAGGGAUCUCCAACUGUCAAGAUCGUAUUACAAGAAGUGCACUUGCUUCCCAUUUAAAAUUGCAGGGAAUUGGUGGCAGCCCGGGAACUUCUUUCAGAAUCCCUGACGCAGAAAUAUUUUUGUACACUGGAGUUGAGAAUACAACCGAUGUCAGUGUUGAUCCUCCAAGUACAGAAUAUGAUACAUGCUCAGGUGAACUAAGUCACUUCGAAUCAGAUGUUGGGUCUAACACAUUGGAUAUUAGAAAUUCGAGUGCUGUAUAUACCGCUGCAAGACACCUGAAACUUCUCCUACAAUGGCCAGGGAGGAAAGGGAGAAAAACUGAUAAGUUGGGAGACAAUGAUUCUUUGGAAUCCUUCAGCAUACGUAGGAGUUUUGAAGACAAUCCAAUCCCACUUCGACAAAGAUUUUCAAAAGUGAACUCUUUCCCAAACAACAAAAGAAUACUUCCUCUCAGGAGUAAUCUUCCAAGUCCAUCCACCAAAAAGAAGUUUGCUGCAGGGUUGAUGCAUGGUGUCAUUAAGGUGAUGCCACAUUUAGCUGUUGAAUCCUCAAAUAAUUCCUUUUCAGGAUCGUCUAGAUCUUCCCCUCUAUCUAUUGUUAAACAAAAGGUAGUCGACAUUGGAAAUGAUAUUGCAGGACCAUCGAGUUCAACUAAUUCCUCAAAUGGAGAAAAACUAAAAUCAACACAUAAACAGACUUCCUUCAACAAGAGGUUGAUGAACCAGUACUUUUGUUUUGGGGCACAAGGCUUAGCUGUGGAUGAUUCAAUUAGCUGCACACAGCCGCAACAAAACUACAAGCGUGUGAAUUCUUUAGUGGUUUGAUCUGAUUAUUUGUAUCAGCUGGAGUUUUUGUCAAAACCAUCAAUAGUGGAGUAGCAUGAGCUCUACAUGUGUAUGUUAGCUUUUCUACUUCCUGUGUUACAUGUUCCUUGUGUAAUAUGUGUAAAACCUCUGCUUGCUAGUUAUACAGUCUUUUGGUGAUUUUCAAGGAAUAUUAUCCUAGAUAAAGAUGC